AUGGAGGCCAUCAAUGAGCAACGGCGCUUAGAGCGAGAGGAGAAGGAGAAGGAGGCGGAAGGCGGCGAAAAGGCAGAAGAACCAGCUGCGCAGCCGCAAGAGAGUGGGCCGAAGGAACUGAAGCUCGUAAUCAAGGGCGAUGUGAGCGGAAGCGUAGAAGCGGUCGCGGGCGCGUUAGAAGGGAUAGGCAAUCACAUCGCUCGAGUCAAGGUCAUUGCGACUGGCGUCGGCGACGUCACCGAGUCGGACGUCAUGCAGGCCAAAGCUGCAGAAGGUGAAGAUCACGCUCGAGAUCUCGGUCAAUAGCUACUGAUGAGUAUAUGGUCGCCAAGUGUCCCUCUGAUGUCGUCGACGGUAAUCCACCGCCUGAUGGACGAUGUUAAGGAACGCGUUAUUGCGCUGCUGCCGCCGAUCAUCGAACAGCGGGUGCUCGGCGAGGCCAACGUCUUGCAGCUCUUUGAGAUUUAUCUCAAGGGCAAGAAAACCAUGAAGAUCGCAGGUUGCCGCGUAUCAAAUGGUGUAGUAAACAAGACUAAACUUGCGCGUGUCAUAAGGAAUGGUGAGAUGGUUCACGAAGGACGCCUGGAGACCCUCAAACACCGUAAAGACGACAUCACGGAGGCUGCCAAGGGCACCGAGUGCGGCAUAGGGUUUGAAAAGUAUGACGAUCUCCGCGAGGGAGACGUGAUACAGAUCUACCAGGAAGUAGAAAGGCCGGGUAAUUUAUGAUUACAUUGGCCGGAGCAACGCAUCCGACGCCCAACGCUACAU